UUCCUCCGUCGUCUACUGCCACCGCUCUGUACUGAUUCCUCCGGCCGAAUCGCACAACUCACGACUCUCCCCGGCGUGUCUCACCCAAGCUAUAUACUUCUGUCUUUGUUCUCUCUUUCUUCGUUGGUGAGUUCGGUGUGCCAAAGGAUUCUGGGGUUUCGUUACAGCAGCGUCGCGAGUCGGAAAAUGACGGUACGAAAUGCGAAGAAAAGGCUAAGCGGGAUAGUUCGCCACGCGAUGAGAAACGUCGGAAAGUCUUCCGAUGCCGCCGCGGCCGUGGUGGGAAGUUCUCAAGUGUUAGCUGCUGAAGAUGAGCCUCUCUCAGAGUUAAUGAGGUUUCACAGCUCUUCUUUCAAGACUGGGAAAGAUCAUGGGGAAAUAUCACUGUCGCAUCGGGUAUCAUCAAUACUUUUUGUUUCAGAGAACAGUGUAAAGGAAAGUGGAGCGGAGGUGCCUAGUCUUCCUAAUGGGAUUCCGCUUAAUAUUUCAAUAAGGAUGAAGCAGGCAUCUCGAGAUAAGAAACAGAAAUAUGCUUUCAAAAACUUUCAAUCACAUCGUUUCAAGAAGAUAGUGAGAGGUUGUGCUCAGAGGUUGGGAAACCAAGCUAUGUUUGAUAUUUUUGAUAAUUUGGGGCGAUCCAAUGGUCCAAACCAAUACAAUGCAAUGAUUGAGCAUUACAUAGAAAAUGCUAGGGAAAGCAGUGAUUUAGAAUAUGCACUUGAUCAGCUCGGAAAGGCUUUCGAACUUUUCAAAGCAAUGAGAGAACGUGGAUUCCCUAUAGAGGAAGGAACCUAUGGUCCUCUUCUUAGUUACUUAAUCGAUAUGGGUAUGGUUGAGGAAUUUGAAAUUUUCAAGGAUAUUAUUUUGGAGGCGAAUCCUAAGUCUUCUGCGAGACUAGGAUACUACGAAAUGCUUUUUUGCAUCCUAGCAAAUGACGAAGAAAGGAUUGAAGAGUUUUGCAGCACUAUUAGUGAUAGUGGGGAAAGUCUAUCAAGCCUACAAGAAAAUUAUUUGAUUGCACUUUGUGAGAAAGACCGAAAGGAAAAUCUUCAGAAGCUGCUAGAUGUUGUAGACAUAAAGGAUGUUUCAUCAGUUGAGGUAUUGACAAGCAUAUUUAGUUACCUUGGAAGGUCCCUAUUGGAGUCCGUUGCGAAGAAGUUCCUUCAGGAACUGAAAAAGAGUGAUAAAGGAAUGCAAAAUGUUUCAGAACUCAUUUUUAGCUUUGCAGCCAACACCACGAAUUCAACGGUUGGAGAUGUCAUUCUGGCGUUCAACAAGUUACAUGAAGACCUAAAUGUUAUGCCUUCAUCUGAUGCAUAUGAGAAGCUCAUUAAGUAUAGUUGUGACUGGCAUGAGGUGGACACAGCUCUUGACAUAGUUGAACAAAUGCUUGAAGCAGGUGAUAUGGUAUCAUCAGGCAGCCUACAAUCCUUAUUACAUACCAUUGAGCAGAUUAAUGAGUUCCAUUUGGUGCGAAGAAUCUAUUCAAUUAUGUGUCAUGAGAAUGUGAAGCCAACUGGUGAGACCACGAGGUGCAUGAUAAGUUUGUGCGUAAAACUCAAAGAUUUUGAAGGUGCAUAUAAUAUGCUCGAUGUUUUGAAGAAGUCCAAUUUGCCGCCCAACUCUAGCAUGUACAACCUUAUAUUGGCCGGAUAUUUUCGGGAGAAAAACAUGAAAGGAGCAGCAACGGUUAUCAAGCAUAUGGUGGAUGCUGAUGUCAAGCCCGAUUCCGUGACAUUCAGCUACCUAAUUAACAAUUGUGAUCGAGAAGAGGAUAUUGUUAAGUAUUGGGAGGAGAUGAAGGAAAAAGGGGUUCAAGCCACUAAGCAAGUUUUCAUGUCGCUUAUAAAUGCAUAUGCAACACUUGGACAAUUUGAGAAGGCAAAGCAGGUGGUGCUAUACGAGGAAGUUCCAGCUAAGCAACUAAAUGAGGUGAAAAGUGUGCUGAUUUCAGCUCUUGCAUCAAAUGGAGAAAUAACAGAAGCCUUAAGUUUAUAUGAAGAAAUGAAGGAAGCUGAUUGCCCUGUAGAGGCAAAAGCUAUUAUAUCUCUUAUAGAGCAUUUUAAUCCCAAAGGAGAGUUUAGCACGUUGGUCGGAUUGGUGGAUGAGUUGGAUGACAAAAAAUGCUGGAUUGAUGGUUUCUUCAGAGUUAUCUUGUAUGCUAUUCGCAACGAUUAUACAAGUUUUGUUAUUGAUUUGUUGAAGGAAACCAAAUAUUCGUUGUCCAAUGAUGACAUCGACGUGGAAUAUCUGUUUGAGGAGGUCUUUUGUUCGAUUGCCGAGAUGGAGUAUAGUGACGUAAAUCUAGGGAUAGCUUUGAUCAAAUAUAUGAGAGAGGAGCUUGGAUUAUCUCCUACAAGAAGAUGUCUAGACUUUCUUCUUAGUGCUUGUGUCAAUGCCAAGGACAAGGAGAGUGCCUUGUUGGUGUGGAAAGAGUAUCAACGCGAGGGACUUCCUUACAAUGUCUUGACCUAUCUAAGGAUGUAUCAAGCACUACUGGCUGCACGGGAUCACAAAGGUGCAGAAGCAAUUGCAUCCAAAAUCGCGAAAGAUGACCGAGAUGUCUGCUGCAUCAUUGAAAAAUCCCGCGAAGCAUUUUCGCAAAAACCCCGUAAAAAGGGUCGAAAGUGAACAGAGGUAGAUGAUCGCAAGAAAAUGGCAAACGUUGGUACUAACUAGCACGGUGAUUUAGGCAUAGGAUACUGAUAGAAAUGGGAUAUUAUCAGCGCUUCAGGAGUCUGGAGUUCCUGAACACAAUCCGAGCACACUAAUAGAAACCGAAGAUUCAUAUGGAAGAUCUUUUGGCACUUGAGGAGUUUAGAGUUCCUGAACACAACUCCAGCAGGUUACUAACAACGACAAUGGUUCAGAUAACAAAGAGAAACAUCACCAUAGCAGUGGUGACGUGAUUAAAACAAACUUGGCUUCUGAAAAGGAGGUUACCUUUUUAACCUCAGAAACCGCAGUACCGAUUGGCAGAUUGUGUAAGAAACAGUAGAUGUUGGGUUUGACGACAGUAGUCAACGUUCACCACAACAUGGGAUAAGUGAUGGUGCAGUCUGUAGGUAGGAUAGGUAAAUAAGAUAUUGAGACGUUUGACAAAGAAAGUGUAAAUUAACAGAGAGAUGAUUUUUGUUGUUACCGCUCAUUUGCUGACGCAGUCGCGACAAGAUUCAGUUGUUUUUUCAUCAAUAAAGUUUAGUUAGAGGUC